AUCUGAAUAUGGAAUGCACCGACAGUUUAUAGAUCACACCCAACCGCCACCCAAUCAAAACAACGAUGUGAACUUUAUGGCAUCCACAGCCGCUGCGGCGGCUGUAGCUGCAGCUUCAGCGCAACUUAAUACAGCACCUAAUAACACAAAUGAAUAUGAUAAAUUUGUGGACAUUGUCAAAAAUAUUGUCGAUAAUCACAAGGCCACUCCGGAUAAAGUGGAUACAUUUGGAGACUUUAUUAAAUCGUACAUGAGACGUUGGCCAGACCGGUUGCAGGAUGAAGCCAUAAAUCACAUAACUAAUUAUGUUAUUGUUAAAAACAUGGAGAAUUCGAUGAAUAAUGGCGGGGAUAGUGUAAACAAUAGACAAUAA